GAUUUAUUACAGGGGUUGGACUUUGUGGAAUUGUGGGAGCUAGUAGAGCAGUCUGUGCAGGCUGUUGCCUCUGAGUCCACGUGGAGCCUGAAGCUGCUGCAGAUCAGCUGGACUGGCAGUCAGGGAUGCUGGAUGUGGAUGAGAGCAAGGACAAACUGAAACCCUUGGGGACAAACUGGAACCUGCACUGGCCUCUUGCCAACUCAAAUUUUGAUGCUGUGGGUGACCUGCAGGAGAGUCUAACACCCUUGACCCUGGAGCUGCACAUGCUGGCCCAGGAUUUGGAGAAGCUGAAAGAAGAUCUGAUGGGAGGUGAAGGAGCUGCAGGUCCAGCUGCUUCCCCAUGCCAACAAGGGUGCUGGGAAUGUAAACAAGAGUAGAGUUCCUGAUGGCUUUUAGUAUAUACUGACGUUGUGAUGGCGUCUGAGACUGAGAAGACCCAUGCUUUACUCCAGACUUGUAGUACUGAAUCUCUUAUUUCCAGCCUUGGUCUGGGGAUAUUUUGCCUAGUAGCUGAAAGACUUCUUCAGUUUUCCAUAAUUCAGCAAAAUGACUGGGUUCGUGCCCUCUCAGAUAAUGCAGUACAUUGUGUGAUUGGCAUGUGGUCAUGGGCAAUAGUCAUUGGUAUCAAGAAGAAGACUGAUUUUGGAGAAAUCAUUUUAGCUGGAUGUUUAGCUUCUAUUAUUGAUGUUGACCACUUUUUUCUAGCUAGAUCUUUGUCUUUAAAGGCUGCUUUGACUCUUCCACGAAGACCUUUCCUUCACUGUUCUACUGUGAUACCCAUUGUGGUUCUGACCCUGAAGAUUGCUAUGCAUGUUUUCAAGCUCAAAGACUCAUGGUGCUUUCUUCCCUGGAUGUUGUUUAUAUCCUGGACCUCACACCAUAUCCGAGAUGGAAUUCGUCACGGCUUGUGGAUAUGCCCAUUUGGAAAAACUUCUCCUUUGCCAUUCUGGCUUUAUGUAAUAAUCACAUCAUCUUUACCUCACAUCUGUUCAUUGGUUAUGUAUUUAACAGGGACUAGACAAAUGAUGUCUUCAAAACAUGGAAUUCGUAUUGAUGUCUGAGGUAACAAUAUGGCAGUCUUAGAGAAGCAGAUAGUUCAGAUAAUAAUAAUUAAGGGUAGCCAAUGUUAAAAGGAAUUUUUAAAAACAUAGUUAGGUACUUAUAUUGUUUAAUUAUUAUAAUUCCUAAAUCCUCCUGCUCAGGAGACAUGUACAAUUUUUUAAAAAAUUAGAUUUGUUAUAAUUCUACUUUCUCUUUUCUAUGACA